GGUGCAGGAUAGGUCGCUCCUUGCUGGGAUAUGAUAGAGAGGGAAGGAUUCCCUUCCUCAAAACGACUCCAAUGACAUAUAGAAGGAACACUGUAGUGUCCUUUUAAAUUUCCACCCACAAGAGGAAACCAGUAUGCAGUGAAGUGAGGAAACGGCUUUCAAUGAAGAGAUGUUUUCCCUUCAUAAAUUGCUCAAGUCAUGAUCUGAUGGAGGUCCUACAGGUAGCUUGCUGGACUUUAACAAGUCUAUUGAAUGACUGCGAUUGAGCCAGAAGCUGAGUUGCCUGAAGACAAAUGAUUUAAAGAAGAUUAGACAACAUCUACAGGCAGAACUCAAUAAAAGACCCGGAGUCUUCUUGGAAUGGCCCACGGACUGUAUAUAUAUUACCUUUGACCCAGGUGGACGCAGCUGCUCUUUAGACACCCUCCCCACUGCAGAUAUGUGGCACAUGCCGGCACACCAGGCUUGGUAGGAGAAGACCAAAGGUAUGGGUCGGAAAAUGUUUGUGACUUUCAGUCCUUGGAAUUGGUUGUUAUUGCUCGCAGCCCUGCAGUGUUCUGAAGCAUCUUCUGAUUUGAAGGAAUCUGCAACUUCCACUGCCCAGCAUGUACCUAAUGCUUGGUUUGCUGCUGCCAGCUCAGAGCCAGAUGAGAGAAUAUCUGUUUUUGAACUGGAUUAUGAUUAUGUGCAAAUUCCUUAUGAGGUCACCCUCUGGAUACUUCUAGCAUCUCUUGCAAAAAUAGGCUUCCACCUCUACCGCAGACUACCAGGCCUCAUGCCAGAAAGCUGCCUCCUCAUCCUCGUGGGGGUGCUGGUGGGCGGCAUCAUCCUUGGCACCGACCACAAAUCGCCUCCGGUCAUGGAUUCGAGCAUCUACUUCCUGUAUCUCCUUCCACCCAUCGUGCUGGAGAGCGGCUACUUCAUGCCCACCCGGCCCUUCUUUGAGAACUUCGGCUCCAUCCUGUGGUGGGCAGGCCUGGGGGCCCUGGUCAACGCCUUCGGCAUCGGCCUCUGCCUCUACCUCAUCUGCCAGAUCAAGGCCUUCGGGCUCCGCGACGUCAACCUGCUGCAGAACCUGCUGUUCGGCAGCCUGAUCUCGGCCGUGGACCCCGUGGCUGUGCUGGCCGUGUUCCAGGAGGCGCGUGUGAACGAGCAGCUCUACAUGAUGAUCUUCGGGGAGGCCCUGCUCAAUGACGGCAUCAGUGUGGUCUUAUACAAUAUACUAAUUGCCUUCACAAAGAUGCAUAAAUUUGAAGACAUAGAGGCUGUCGACAUCUUGGCUGGAUGUGCCCGGUUCGUGAUUGUGGGGGUCGGGGGAGUCCUGUUUGGCAUCGUGUUUGGAUUUAUUUCUGCGUUCAUCACACGCUUCACUCAGAAUGUCUCUGCGAUUGAACCACUCAUCGUCUUCAUGUUCAGCUAUUUGUCGUACUUAGCGGCUGAAACGCUCUACCUCUCUGGCAUCCUGGCAAUCACAGCCUGUGCAGUGACAAUGAAAAAGUACGUGGAAGAAAAUGUUUCCCAGAAAUCCUACACGACCAUCAAGUACUUCAUGAAGAUGCUGAGCAGUGUCAGCGAGACCUUGAUCUUCAUCUUCAUGGGCGUGUCCACCGUUGGGAAGAACCACGAGUGGAACUGGGCCUUCAUCUGCUUCACGCUGGUCUUCUGCCAGAUCUGGAGAGCCAUCAGCGUGUUUGCUCUCUUCUAUGUCAGUAACCAGUUUCGGACUUUCCCCUUCUCCAUCAAGGACCAGUGCAUAAUUUUCUACAGUGGUGUUCGAGGAGCUGGAACUUUUUCACUUGCAUUUUUGCUUCCUCUGUCUCUUUUUCCUAGGAAGAACUUGUUUGUCACUGCUACUCUAGUAGUUAUAUAUUUUACUACAUUUAUUCAGGGGAUCACAAUUGGCCCUCUGGUCAGGUACCUGGAUGUUAAAAAGACCAAUAAAAAAGAAUCCAUCAAUGAGGCGCUUCAUAUUCGUCUGAUGGAUCACUUAAAGGCCGGAAUUGAAGAUGUGUGUGGGCACUGGGGCCACUCCCAAGUGAGAGACAAGUUUAAGAAGUUUGAUCAUAGAUACUUGCGGAAAAUCCUAAUCCGAAAGAACCUACCCAAAUCAAGCAUUGUUUCUUUGUACAAGAAGCUGGAAAUGAAGCAGGCUAUUGAGAUGGUGGAGACUGGGAUACUCAGCUCAACGGCUUUUUCUGUACCCCGUCUGGCUCAGAGGAUACAAAGAAUCAAAAGGCUUUCCCCUGAAGAUGUGGAGUCCAUGAGGGACAUUCUGACACGAAACAUGUACCAAGUUCGACAAAGGACCCUGUCCUACAACAAAUACAACCUCAAACCCCAAACAAGUGAGAAGCAGGCUAAAGAGAUUCUGAUCCGCCGCCAGAACACCUUACGGGAGAGCACGAGGAAAGGCCACAGCCUGCCCUGGGGAAAGCCGGCUGGCACCAAAAACAUCCGCUACCUCUCCUUUCCCUACAGCACCUACAGCAAUCCUCCGUCUGCGGGAAGAGACGUGAGGGCCGCUGAAUCCACAGAUGAUGACAGCAGUGAUCCAGGAGUCCUGUCCAUCAAAUUCAGCACACCCUCUCGGGUUUCAUCACUUCAGAGAAGACGACAGACACAAGAAGUCAUCCCGAUGAGGAGACUGCACAGAGGAGGGAAGACAUUCAACUUCAGUUAUCAAAGAAGUGCAAGCCAAGAAGAGGACGUGGGAGCAGGCAGGAGGGCAGCUUUAGGGCCUAAACCACUGUUUCACACAGUGGAUGAGGAGUAUGAAUCUGGAGGGGAGAGUGAGGAAGAGUCCUCAGCAGUUGGGUCCAGAUGGACAGCAGACCACGGACUCAGCAGGGAACACCACAAAUCCCACAGUCCUUUGCUCCAAAGAAAAUAGUGUUACUGUUUCUGUGUUUUUCAACAGUCCAUCUCCCUAUUAUUGUGAAAGGAGGAUUUUCGGAGUUCAGAGGAGAGCUGUUGAGUUCACCAUUUUGGUGCUAUUACAUAUGUAUCUACCAGAGGCAGGAAGAUUUUUCAGAAGGCUGGGAGCAGACUCGUGGGCUGUGCCAUAUUCUUAGUUGGUAUACCUUUGCAGGUGAAGUCCCUGUCAGUGGGAGAAGUUAAUCACCCCAGGAAUUAGUCACCAAGAAUUCCUAAGAACUCUCUAUCAAGAAUGAUCCAUCUCAUAUACUGAGAUACAGGUGUGACUGGUCAGUAAUUCACGUGAACUAUAUGCAUGUGGAGCUUGUAAUCCAAUUAGACCCAAAUAGGGCUUUGAAGCCACAUGGCUCAACCCCUGUGUUUACAGACAAGGAUGCCUUGUCCAAGGUCUCAAGAGUUUAUAGUCUGCCUUCACUCCUAAGUCAAUGCAUUUGAUUCUGAGUUUGAUAGUCAACAUGCAAUAAUUGUUUCAACAGAGAGAAAAAAUUUGUUAUAACAUUGCUAUAUUUAAUCAGUAGCAAUGAUAGAUGUGAUACACACUAUAGGAUUAAUCUGUGAACAAUGG